CACAGAACAGCCAUAUUACGCCACGCGAUUCUUCACGUCGCCGAAGAUGCGCCGGGCCCCGGGCCGCGGCGGAGGACGUUUGCCGCGCCGCCGCUCGCGCCGCUCGAUCUCGGCUUGCAGCGCACGCAUGGACGCCUCGAGGGUCUCGACGUCGGGCUCGGGCAUGCGAGCCAUGUCGACCUCGCGGCGCGCGGGCACGUCCUCGACGCGGGGGCUCGCCGGCGACCCGAGGUCCACGGCUUCAGCGUGCGGCGCGCGGCACGGCGAGCACGCCUCGGCGCCGGCGCCGGCCCA